AUGCAAUCCCCCAAUCGAACCCGCGAGGACUUCAGCUCCAUUCGGAACAAACACGAAACGCCGCCAGAAAAGUUCAAGUCGGCUGGUGAAAGAAAUUUACAAGUGUUAAAUGUCGAACGCUUUUUGGCACUGAGGGGAAAUGCGUGCUGGCCGGCUUUCGACACGAAGGCAACGCGGAAACGGUGGACAAAUAAACCCAGGUUGUAA